AUGAAGAACACUAAAAAUGUUGCUAAGCUCUACUACAACAAGGCUAUUAAACUCUUCGAGGAAAUGGAUAGCCCUGGGGAACUACUUAGAAAAGAGCUGGAGAGAGUGGCAUUGCUACUAGAACAUCAGGUUGAAAAUCAAGGUAGGGAACGAGAGGCUCUUCAAGACGAGGCUUUACCACAUGUGCCAGAAAGGAGGAAUGUGCGUGGUCGAGGACACAUGACGACGCUGGCUUGCCGUUUCCGAGCUCCAGAGCCAGAACCUGAUGGAGCAGCCACCCAUGAGACACUCAUGGCAGUGUUUGAGAUGGAGAGGUUCCAAUCUGAAUAACAGAGCAAGGCAUCCAACGAUGCGCUGGUCAGACUCAUCUUUGAGUACGCCAGUAGUUCAUGGGACGGGACAUCCUCUCAUCGAAUCGAUACAACGGAAGACCGCCUGAUUCUGAAUGAAUGAUUAAUAAUAAUAAUAAUAGUGGCUACUUGUAUAGCACACAGGUCCACCUUUCGGUGCUCAUGGCACUUAUAGAGAAAAGUACA